AUAGGGGUCUCUCAAACUCCUGGCCUCAGGUGAUCCUCCUGCCUUGGCCUCCCAAAGCAUUGGGAUUACAGGCAUCAGCCACCACGCUGCCUUUUCGUUUUGCAUGUUUGCUCCUGUUCUCCUGUCUUUUGUCAUUGGAUUCAACGUCUGCCAACGGGCGUGUAUGGCUUGACCCGGAUCUGCUGCAGUUUUCUUCUGAAGGCGCUUUCAUGUCUCAGAACCUGAAUGUUAAGAGCUUUGCUUGCCAUGAAGUAGGGUUCUUGUUAGCUGUGUUCAUUUGGUGCCCAGGAGGAAAGGGCGCCCGGCCCCCGAGGGGUUCUCUGGGGAAGGACGACCCAGUCCCCCGGCCCUCCCCCCUCCACCCCCUCCCUGUGCAGGGAACUUGGUGACACGCCCCACUUCCUGCAGCUGGGCCGAGGUUGCACCAGUGCUUCCCUCGUGGGGCAGGGUUGAGGUCAAGGGUGACUGAUGCAAGGUUCUGCAAGGCCUGCGAGACUGUAGAUUCCUCAGCAGCCUCAGCUUUGGGUUUUGCCUCUUAGAUCUUGGACAUGCUGGGCCUGUGCCCCCCCCGACUGCUCGCCCUGGUAGGGCUGCUCUUCCUGGGGUGUGUCCUCUCUCAGGAGUGCACCAAGUUCAAGGUCAGCACCUGCCGUGACUGCAUCGAGUCAGGGCCCGGCUGCGCCUGGUGCCAGAAGCUGAACUUCACCGGGCCAGGGGAUCCUGACUCCAUUCGCUGCGACACCCGAGCGCAGCUGCUCAUGAGGGGCUGUGAGGCUGAUGACAUCAUGGACCCCAGGAGCCUCGCGGAAACCCUGGAAGACCGUGAUGGGCGCCGGAAGCAGCUGACCCCACAAAAAGUGACACUUUACCUGCGACCAGGCCAGGCAGCAGCAUUCAAUGUGACCUUCCGGCGGGCCAAGGGCUACCCCAUCGACCUGUACUACCUGAUGGACCUCUCCUACUCCAUGCUCGAUGACCUCAGGAACGUCAAGAAGCUGGGCGGCGACCUGCUCCAGGCCCUCAAUGAGAUCACGGAGUCUGGCCGCAUCGGCUUCGGGUCCUUUGUGGACAAGACCGUGUUGCCGUUCGUGAACACGCACCCCGAGAAGCUGCGGAACCCCUGCCCCAACAAGGAGAAAGAGUGCCAGGCCCCAUUUGCCUUCAGGCACGUGCUGAAGCUGACCAACAACUCCAACCAGUUUCAGACAGAGGUCGGGAAGCAGCUGAUUUCAGGAAACCUGGAUGCGCCUGAGGGCGGGCUGGACGCCAUGAUGCAGGUCGCCGCCUGCCCGGAGGAAAUCGGCUGGCGCAACGUCACGCGGCUGCUGGUGUUUGCCACCGACGACGGCUUCCACUUUGCCGGCGACGGGAAGCUGGGCGCCAUCCUGACCCCCAACGAUGGCCGCUGUCACCUGGAGGACAACAUGUACAAGAGCAGCAACGCGUUUGACUACCCAUCUGUGGGCCAGCUGGCACACAAGCUGGCCGAAAGCAACAUCCAGCCCAUCUUCGCGGUGACCAAGAGGAUGGUGAAGACCUACGAGAAACUCACCGAGAUCAUCCCCAAGUCAGCCGUGGGGGAGCUGUCCGAGGACUCCAGCAAUGUGGUUCAGCUCAUUAAGAACGCCUACAACAAACUCUCCUCCAGGGUCUUCCUGGAGCACAACGCCCUCCCUGACACUCUGAAAGUCACCUAUGACUCCUUCUGCAGCGAUGGAGUGACCAACAGGAACCAGCCCAGAGGGGACUGCGACCGUGUGCAGAUCAACGUCCCGAUCACCUUCCAGGUGAAGGUCACGGCCACAGAGUGCAUCCCAGAGCAGUCGUUUGUCAUCCGGGCACUGGGCUUCACGGACACCGUGACCGUGCGAGUCCUUCCCCAGUGUGAGUGUCGGUGCCGGGACCAGAGCAGGGACCGCAGCCUCUGCCAUGGCAAGGGCUCCUUGGAGUGUGGCAUCUGCAGGUGUGACGCUGGCUACAUUGGGAAAAACUGUGAGUGCCAGACGCAGGGCCGGAGCAGCCAGGAGCUGGAGGGAAGCUGCCGGAAGGACAACAGCUCGCUGGUGUGCUCGGGGCUGGGGGACUGCAUCUGUGGGCAGUGCCUGUGCCACACCAGUGACGUCCCUGGCAAGCAGAUCUACGGGCAGUUCUGCGAGUGUGACACUGUCAGCUGUGAGCGCCACAAUGGCCAGGUCUGCGGCGGCCCGGGGAGGGGGGUCUGCUUCUGUGGCCAGUGCCGCUGCCUCCCGGGCUUCGAGGGCUCAGCCUGCCAGUGCGAGAGGACCACCCAGGGCUGCCUGAACCAGAACCAGGUGGAGUGCAGCGGCCGUGGCCGGUGCCUUUGCAACGUGUGUGUGUGCGACGGAGACUACCAGCCACCUCUGUGCCAGGAGUGCCCCGUCUGCUCCUCGCCCUGUGGCAAAUACAUCUCCUGUGCCGAGUGCCUGAAGUUCAACAAGGGUCCCUUUGGGAAGAACUGCAGUGUGGCAUGUUCAGGCCUGCAGCUUCGGGACAAGCCCGUGAAGGGCAAGGCCUGCAAGGAGAGGGACUCGGAGGGCUGCUGGGUGAGCUACAUGCUGGAGCAGCAGGACGGGAUGAACCGUUAUCUCAUCUACGUGGACGAGAGCCGAGAAUGUGUUGCGGGCCCCAACAUCGCCGCCAUUGUAGGGGGCACUGUGGCGGGCAUCGUGCUGAUUGGCGUCCUCCUGCUGGUCAUCUGGAAGGCUCUGACCCACCUGAGUGACCUCCGGGAGUACAGGCGCUUUGAGAAGGAGAAGCUCAAGUCCCAGUGGAACAACGAUAAUCCGCUUUUUAAGAGCGCCACCACAACGGUCAUGAACCCGAAGUUUGCUGAGAGUUAGGAGCACUUGGUGACAAAAAGACCGUCGGGACCCACCAUGACUCCCCCAUUAUGUGGCCGAGACACGGCUUUCGACAGCUCUUGAGGAUAUCACCCAUUAACCAGAAAUCCACUGUUAUUUUCUGCCCUCAAAAUGGCAGGCAUGGCCAGAUGCUUACAAGGGAAAAUCAGAAGGGACAGCUCCGACCUGCACAGUCUUUGCUUGGAGACUUGAGAAGGGAGGGCUUGAGGCUAGUGAGUUUAGGUGUGUGCUCCCCGUGCAAGUCAGGACAGCAGUCUAAUUAAAGGUGGUGCCAAUUUAUUUACAUUUAAACUUGUCAGGGUAAAAAACGACAUCCUAUAAAUUAUAUUGCUAAUCAACCAUAUGUAUGGAAAAAAAAUAAAACUUCAAUACAGGCUGUCCAU